CCGCCGCCCGCCGGCCGACCAGACGGACCCAUCCAGCAUCCAGCCGAGCCACAGUCCCAAGAACAAGAAGGCUCCAACCGCGACAUGGACAUGGACGCACGCACUCCAGUCUCCACCACCCCACGCCCCACAACUGCUACGUUUCCCCGACGCCCAGCCCAACUGGCCAGCUCACUGUCCACUGUUUCUGCGUCCGCGCAACUUCUCCAGGUCCCGCGCCAUACAGUAUAUAGGACCACGCACCCGCACGAACACGCCGCACCAGCUCCCGCACGCGCCGCAACCCCACGUCCCCCCACCCCGCGCCAUUCCUUGGACCUUGCUCGUGCACGCGUGUCCGAUCGCCAACCAUGGCGGCCGGCGCCGGCAAGUCGAAGGAGGCGGACCCCGCGCGGUGCAGGAGGCACCCGAAGCACCGGCACGCGGCCGGGGUGUGCCCUUUCUGCCUACGAGACCGCCUGUCGCGCCUCUCGGCCGCCGCCGCCGCGUCCGCGUCGUCCUCGUCAUCGUCAUCGUCCCCGUGCUCGUCGUGGGAGGACGCCGUAGCGCGGUCGUCGGCCCAGGCGCCGCGGCCCCGCCGCGGAAGCCUCGCGCUGCUGCUGCGGCAGGAGGGGAGGGAGGCGGCGUCGGCGGCGGCGGCGCUGCCCGCGGGCCGCCGAGCGGAGCAGGAGGAGAGGAAGGCCAAGAGGGGCAGCUUCUGGGCGAGGCUUCAGCAGCAGCUCCACCACGGUGGCUGGCACAAGAAAGACGGGUGCGCGGUGGCCGCGGAGAGGCAGAACGCCGCCGCGCCGCACAGGCGGGCGCCGGUGGUGUGAUGCUCGAUCAGGCCGGAGGGGGCGACCAUGCGGUGGGCGAGCGCGUCGUGGUGCUCGGUUCUGUUCUGUUCCGGUGUUCACGCUGUUAGUUACUACGGAGUACUUACUAGUAGCAAUCUUUCGGCUUCUUUUCACAAUGCCCUGCGACUGCGAGUCUGUGACUCGGACUCCUGCCGUGAAAGCUUGGCACCCGCACUUGGCUGUUCGCUC